UCUAUUUCAUCUAGUUUAGCCUCGACCAAAAAAAAAAAGAAAGAAAAAUGGCCCCGCUUUGUGUAUCUAAAUUUCUUAAUGCAGUCGCGAAUUGCGACGUCGUUUGCUACAAGGCGUUGUUUGAAAGUCAAACUAAAAUACGGCCAGUACCCUGCGGAAGUUUUGAAAAAACAAUGGCGUUUCCGAAAUCAGACGAAGAAGAAGAAAUUGGCAAUUCCAUAGCGAAAUUGAGUGCCGAUUUGGAUGAUAAGAAUGAGAAGAAGAUCAAUCUCUUAAACCAAUUGAAACCAUUACGCGAAGCUGCUGAUGAAGCAGUUCAAAUAUUGCUGCCAAUUUUGCAGUCACUACAGGUUUCAGAAAAGCAAGAAUCUGAUGCGGAAGCUAGUUAUAUCGCUAAGAAAUCAAAGUUGGAAGCUGAGGUUUAUGAAUUAGAGAAUAAAUGUGCUAGUUAUGAUCUUGAUUAUGCUAUUGCUCAUUCUACGAAGAUUCUUGAUUCUUUAAAGAAGGAACUUGCAUGUCGAUUACGCGAUGUCAUGUCAGUAAAGCGGCAGAUUGAUGAUGUUUCAACUCAGCCUGAGCUAAUUCAGUAUGAACGCCGACUUUCAGAGCUGAAUGCUCACAUCCAGGAAAAGCAUCGUCAAACCCGCAAAUAUUAUGCAACUUAUAAUGCUCUUUUGGAGAUUAAAGAAAUGAUGCUGAAGGAAACUUCCUUGUUAAAUUCAAUUAGUUCACAGUUCCAGGAUGCUAUUGCAAGUACUGAUGGUCGCAUGAAGCUAAUUAAUUCCAUGGAAGGAAUUGUAAAGGGAAGCCAACAGAAGCUCCAAAAGGUCCAAGUUGGGCUUCAGGAAGAGCAGAAAGCUUGUGAUGCCUUGAAGAAGAGGUAUGCUGCAGCAAUAGCAGAGCAGAGACAUUAUUAUUCUCUCAAAAAAGAUUUUCAGGAGGAAUGUGCAAAGAAUGAGAGACUUAAGAGCCCAAAGUCUGUUUGAAACAUCUAUGGAUGCAAGGCUAACAUGUUGAAGAAAAAUUACACACGACAACGGUUGUGUCACGUGCAGCAAAUCAAUGAGACGUUUGCACUAUUAGGAUAUUUAGUGAUAAAAAUAAUAAUCAAUGAUUAAUUUUUCAAUAUCGCCAAUAUAUUCAUUGAUUUGUUGUAAAAAUGAUGUGACACAACCGUUGCACGUAGACACUCCAUGUUGAAACAAGGGAUUUGCAUUGGAAAUUUUGGUUGGCUGAAACAAUGAUUCUUUCUGGGCUUUGCAUGUUAUGUUUCAAUGUAAAGUGGUCUCAGUUAAGUUGUUGAAAUGAUAUUGAACACAAUUUAAAACAAGGGUUAAUCUAGUUAUCCAUUUUGGCUAAA